AUUUUGAACAAAAAUCGAAUUCAAUAAACACAAACAUGACAAAAUUGUUGCAGCGCAUUGAGGUUACGUUGAGGAGCUUCUACAUAUUCAAUUCCAGCUAUGGCCAGACGGAAGGAGAGGAAUACAAGAAAAUUCUUUAUUACCAUCCCAACGAUAUUGAGUUAAACACCAAAAUCAAAGAUGUUGGACUGAGCGAGGCCAUUAUAACAUUUACCAGAACAUUCACAUCCGACGAUGAUUGCAAGGCGCUCCACACACAGAAAACGACGCAAUUGUUCUAUCAACCCGAGCCCGGAUUCUGGCUAGUGCUGGUGCUUAAUGUACCCAAGGAGAUUAAGUCCAAGGAUGGCAUUGAAGUGGCCGAGUACCGAGGCAGUGAAGUUUGCGAUCGCAUUUAUCACUCUGUGCUCCGGCAAUUCUACUACAUUUACCGCUUCCAAUACGGCACAUUACAGGACAACGCGUUAGCACUUAAUGGAGAUGCCGUACAGCUGGCCAAAAAAAUCCAGGAAUUCUUUGAUAAGAUUAUAGCCACACGCCAGCAACUAGCACCCUGUGAUAUUAUAGAUAUGUUACAUUCAAUUCAGUACCUCCCACUAGGUAAGGCGCUCUUCUUGCGAGCCCAUAACUUCAGCAGAAUGCUGAGUGCAACGUUCCCCGUUUUAAAAGAGUGCAUUAUGCUGCACAAUGACUUGGUGGUAUGUGGAGGAAAACUGAGCUCUGUCGAUUUAUAUAGUUUACACGCUUACAUUCUGGACAAUGUCUUGGAGUCGUGUUCAGCGCCAGUGCUAGCUCGAAGUAGUAGUCCUAGUGGGAGCAGCGACAAUUACCAGAAGGGUGGAUUUGUGAAUAACGUACCUGAUGAACCGCCACUUAAAGUUCAAGUAACAUUGGACGCGGAUUUAAAGCCGCACUAUCUACUUAUCUAUCGCGUUUUGAAUGUUACGCUGUGCCUCUUUAUCGAUGCUGAGAACGCCCCUCCAAAGCAUGAGUUCUAUGAUGAUGUUCAUACGUACAUGGGUUCGCAGUUGAUUUCUUUGGCCCGCGAUAUUGCCACUGAAGUGUCCAAACAAAACUUGGCUGCCCUUGCGCCCACCAGUAGCAACAGUACCACCGAUUGCUCCCCUAAAUAUUUGUUCAUCAACGAGCAGAGUCUUAAGCAUCAUACGAAUGUAGACCGGCAUGCCAAGGGGCAACAGAGUAUUCCCCGCAACGUUAUGAACCUUAUUGCUGAUUUGGCGAACGAGCCAACCAAUAUUGAUGGCGCUGCUGCUGCCACCGAGGAGCUGCAGGUGAAAACCACCAAUGACUUUUGGAUAGUAAAGCGACGAUGCAAUUGGCGCCAGUACUACGUAAUACUCUCUAAUAGCAAAGCAACCCUGCUUGAUGUUACGCAAGAAGCAAAGCGUAUAUUCGAACAAGAGCUCACAGAUGAUGUAUUCUUUGACAAAUAAAAAGAAGUAAAAUAUA